UGUGAUAUGGCCCCAGCUUGUUGACACAUGACCAGAUAUACCCCUCAUGUAGGAGUUGUCUCUUCAGAUAACCAUUUGGGCUGUAGAUUUUUCGAAAAGUUAUGUAGAAAGCUUUUGUUGGUCUACGGGCCAUGAAAUGUCAGCCUCACCUUUAACUGCGUAAAAAUGUUGAUGUGCGUGUUUUCUUAUAAAGAAUUUUCCCCUUGAAGUCCAUGAGGGCAAAAAUGCAGAACGAAUGUUGUUCUGUGCCCACAUCCUUUCCACUCCCCCACCUCAUACAGGUACUUAAAGAUGUUUUAAAGUCACGGUCAAACAGUUGCUUGUGUGCCUUGCUGUCCAUUUUUAACCUCUGAAAGAACUUCACAAUGUCUUUUAAAUCAAAAACGCUUAGCGUUUAUGGAGGAGCCGGUGGUCGAGGAACCCACAUCUCCACUCCUUCUUCUUCAAGAGGUUUCAACCUGGCUGAUGCUGUGGAUGUGACAGCUGAUGAGAAGGCCACUAUGCAGAAUCUGAAUGGGCGUCUAGCUACCUAUCUAACAAAAGUGCGCUCGCUGGAGAAGUCCAACGCUGAAUUGGAGAAGAAGAUCAAGGAGUGGAACGAGAGUCACACUUACACCCCGUCUGACCACUCAAGACACUCGGCCGUCAUUGAGGACCUGAAGGAAAAGAUUCUCUUACUUUUAAAAAAUAAUGGCAAGAUCAUUUUGGCAACGGACAAUGCCAAGCUAGCAGCUGAUGACUUCAAGAUAAAGUAUGAGAGUGAGCUGGCCAUGCGUAAAAUUGUUGAAGCUGACAUUGCCAGUCUGAAAAAGUUUAUGGAUGAGCUGACCUUGGGGCGUUCAGAUUUGGAAAUCAAUAUUGAAGGUCUGAAGGAGGAGCUUAUUUUCCUAAAGAGAAACCACGAGGAGGAUUUGGCUCUUGUUAGGGCCGAAGCAGGAGGUCAGGUGAACGUUUGUGUGGAUGCAGCGCCCUCUAUGGACCUGAAAGAAGCCAUGACAGAUAUCAGAGAGCACUAUGAGGCCGUGACUGAGAAAAAUCGUAAAGAGCUGGAGUCUUGGUAUCAGAAAAAGAUCUGCAAAGUGGAACAGGAAGCAGUCACACAAACCGAAGAGCUUCAGGUCAGCAUGAUCCAGCUUAAAGACUUGAAGAGCAAGUUACAAAAACUUCUGAUUGAACUGCAGGCUCAACAGAGCAUGAGGGAAGCAAAAGAGGGUACGCUGGAGGAAACACAGGCUCUAUAUGGUACCCAGUUAGCUAAACUUCAGGGGACUGUCACCGGCCUGGAGGAGCAGCUGAGUCUUGUUCAUGCUAACAUUGCUAACACCAAGCAGGAGUAUGACAUACUGCUGGACAUCAAGGCCCGACUGGAGCGAGAGAUCGCAGAAUACAGAAGACUGCUGGAUGGAGAGGAAAGCCAUAAACACAAAAUUGUCACCAAAACUAUCACAAUGGUGGAAACCAUAGUGGAUGGGAAAAUUGUGCAAAGCAGUGAGCAGGUGGAUGUCGAUGAGAAAACAGACUAAAUCAUCGCUAUUCCAACCUUUGCUGUAAUAAUCAUGUCUUGGUUUGUAGACGCCCCCUGUUCAAAAGCUUUUUGUUGUUUAUAAUUUAGAUAAUGAAUAAAC